CAGCGCACUUUGAAGGAUACGUCUCAAAAUGUAUCUAGCAAAAUCGCUUUUUACCAAGGUUAUAAUGAACAUGUUAGGCGCUGUUCUGACGUCCGCUUCUGCGCUUGGUAAUGGCUUCGUUCUCGCGACGAUUGCUCGGUUUAAAUCGUUACGAACAGUUCCGAACAUUCUCAUCGCCAAUCUCGCAGUGGUGGACCUCCUUUACGCAGCUGUUAACCUGCCUUUCCAUAUGAUCUCCAACUCAGAAGCCAGUUGGUACAGAGGUCAGACCUUGGCUAUAGUGACAGCCUUCCUAAGCCGAGUCUUUACGAUUCUCAACCUUACUUCAAUGCUCGCUAUGAUGGCGAAUGUGUUCUUGGCCAUUGCCUUCGAUUUCAAGUACCUUGCCUGGAAAACAAAGAAAAAGGUCAUGAUCUGUGUUGUCCUUAUUUGGUUGAUAGACCUUGUGGUGACGAUCUUGGGAUCAAUACCACUCCUCAACAUCAAUCUUGCAGACGCUCGCGUCCGUGAUUUCAGGAGGUGGACAUGGGGGGAGGGGGGUUCUGAACACCGCAACACCGCAAAAAAAAUUAACGAACGCCGCAUCACCGCAAGAAAAGUCAACGAAACACCGUCACCGCAACACGUAUUUUUAGCGUCAUGAUUUGUUCAUCUACACUUAAAAUAAUACUCUUAUACUUCAACAAUUUUCCACAAAAUAAACACAUCACAACGCUUUGCCAGUCAUUGGGCAUAUGUCAAUGCUGCUGAUGCUUGUAAAUCAAUUUUCUUGCUUCUGUGAAGAAACCUUGCGCGAAGCUAGGAAGCGGACGAAGAAAAAAGAGAGGAGCCUCGAGAAAUGACCUUUACCCUAGAUCCCUCUCUUCUUUUACUUCGCUCACUUUUGUUGGUGUAUAAACCCACUGAAUGAAGCCUUAUCUUGACUGAAAGUAUUUCUUUCGGUAGCUAGCUACGUUUACGUUCGAUAUCGAUAAUCGUUUGAAAAAAUAGGUCAAGAAAGUGGAGCGGAGCGGGUAUAGACCGGUAUCAGAAUGACCUAUAGACGAAGCCGAAUAGCAAAAGGAAAUAAAUAGUUAACGUGUGUAAUUUACAAACCUUCCUAUAGUGUAGCGGCUAACAGCUUCAAUUGUUCACUUGGUGAUACAAGCAUGAAAUUUGGCUGGAACAUUCUAAAUUGUCUAUUCUUUCAUUCUAGUCGAUUAGCCACUUGAAAUUCGCAUUAACAUGAGUUUUUUUCGAAAUGGCUAAAAAUGGGUGCGAUGUAAUAAAAUGGCGGCCAUUUUAAGUGAUAUCCUUACUUCCAACUCAUCUUGAUGCAACAUUUGAGCAGUUUAUUACUCCCUGAUUACAACGUUUUACUGCUAUCAUCCUUUAGAUACAAUUGACUAUUCCAUACAUCUCUCAGUUUCUGAAAAUGUCCAAACAAUUCUAAAGAAUUCUUUCUUUAACAGGCGCUCAU